UUAUCCGCAAUUAUUAAUACGCGUAAUUGACGCACGUUUCGUUUUUUUUUUUUUUUCGCAACGUGUUAUCGCUCGGUAGAUUUGUGCAACAAAAACAAUCAUGUAUGAACUAUGACACUCGGGUUCGGCGAAAUAUUCUUAUCAGUGGUGAUAAAACGUAUAAAAUGCGCAUAACGGUCAAUACAGUUUCAGUCUAAGUGCAUUUUAAUAACGUGUCCACCAGCGGCUUUAACAUGAGAUUCCUACUGUUAUUGUCGGCCUUAUUGGGCAUCAUAAGCGUUAGUACGGGAUGGCGUACUUUUAUGAGAGGUCGAAGUAGAUACGACAAUUUAAAAGAGCUAUCUUCUGACGAUGAGCUUCCUAAGGAGCAGUGGUUUACACAAGAGUUCGACCACUUCAGUCCAUUUAACAAUCGUGUCUGGAAACAGAGAUACUUCGUGAACUCUGACUAUUAUAAACCCAAUGGCCCAAUAUUUUUAAUGAUUGGCGCCGAGGGUUUCAUAGACCCCAAGUGGAUGGUAGAGGGUCAGUGGAUCGAAUACGCCAAAGAGUUCGGAGCUAUGUGCUUCUACCUGGAGCAUCGUUAUUACGGAAAGAGUCAUCCUACUCCAGAUCUUAGCGUAAAAAAUCUGGGUUUAUUGAGCUCAGAAUUAGCAUUGGCGGACGUGGCGAACUUCAUUGAACAAAUUAACGUUGGAUAUAAGUUCCCGAAGGGUACAAAAUGGAUUGCAUUCGGAGGAUCGUACGGUGGAUCUCUGGCCGCUUGGAUGCGCGUUAAGUACGCACACUUGGUGCACGGAGCUGUGUCUUCCAGUGGACCGUUGCUACUGGAAAUUGAUUUUCAAGAAUAUUAUGUCGUUGUCGAGAACGCUCUGAAAGAAUACUCCCAGCAGUGCGUGGACGCAGUGCAGGAAGGUAACAGGCAAUUCCACAUACUGCUGCAUCACGUUGCUGGGCAACAGAAGAUUGCAAAUAUAUUCAAAUUGUGCGAUCCAAUCGACCCCGGAUACACGAAGAAGGUGGACAUCGCCAACCUGUACGAAACGUUAGCAAGUAACUUCGCCAACAUCGUGCAGUACAACAAGGACAAUCGGCGCAGCUCGCGGACUGCGAACAUCACCAUUGAAACCGUAUGCGAUGUAAUGACGGACGAGAAGAUAGGAAUGCCCAUCGAUCGGCUUGCUCACAUCAACAACCUGCUGCUGACUGCUACCGAGGAGAAAUGUUUGGAUUACAGAUACGCCAAGAUGAUUCAUGAGCUCCGAAAUGUCACCUGGGCCAGCGAGCAAGCGGAAGGAGGUCGCCAGUGGAUGUACCAGACUUGCACGGAGUUCGGAUUCUUCCAGACGUCCACCGCGCGCCCUAAACUGUUCAGCAAUACCUUCCCGGUGGACUUUUUCGCGCAGCAAUGCGUCGACGUCUUCGGGCCUAAGUUCAACAUGCACACAUUGGAAAUCGCCGUUCCCCGAAGGAAUAUCUUGUACGGCGGAUUGGAUCUGGAAGUGACGAAUGUGGUGUUCGUACAUGGUUCCGUCGAUCCCUGGCACGUCUUGGGCCUGACGCACUCUUCCAAUCCGCAGGCACCUGCGAUUUUCAUAAACGGCACCGCGCAUUGUGCAAAUAUGUAUCCCCCGUCAGACCGGGAUAUGCCUCAGUUGAAGCAGGCUAGGGUACAAAUAAAAGGCCUGAUCGAGCAGUGGCUGAACAAUUGAAUCUCUUUGCGUAGCGUAUGAUGUGGAUAAACAAUGUUUGUCAUUAAUAAUAUGCAAACUAUUAAGAAAAAUUCCAGUUUAACGAGUAGCUUUAUAUCGAGAACGAACGAACAAGCUCGAAGAAAAUUAUUGCGAUUUAUCUUUUAUUUUAUUACUUUUUUAAUAUCGUCAUGACUGAUACGAGAUUUUUUUUCUAUCGCUCUUCUGUGCGGGAUGAAAGAAUAGUUAUGCAUUUUUUUCUACAAAUACGUUUAUUCUAGGUUUAUAUGAUGUGAAAAUUAGUUCUAACAAUAUAUAUAUAUAUAUAUAUAUAUAUAUAUAUGUAUGUGUAAUACGUACGAUAUACGCUAAUAUUCAUCAUUAUGUACCAUUGUUAAGUGACAAAGCUGUUGGUCAGGCUCACUGACCAAAUUUGCCCCCGAAUGGCACUAUCGUAAUCUGUCGUGAUGAAUAGAGUCAUAGCAAUAAUGAGUGCACCGCAUUACCAUGCGUAUAAUUACUCAGUCAAUAAAUAAAGAUAUAUUGUUGC